UUGGGUUUGUGAUAAGCGAGACGCCACGUAAAUUUAAAAUUGAUCAAUAAAAAAUGGCAGGAAAAAAUGUUAGGCGCCUUCUCAAAGUAGUUACAGACAGCACAGCCCCUGUGACGAGAAAUUAUGGGACAGCUAAGCGAGUUAUCGCUACCAAGCCUGUUGUGGAAAUGGAUGGAGAUGAGAUGACCCGCAUUAUCUGGGCCAUGAUCAAAGAAAAGCUCAUCUUCCCCUAUGUCAAGCUCGAUUGUCUAUACUACGAUUUGGGUCUCCCGCAUCGUGACGCCACGAAUGACCAAGUGACGAUCGACGCCGCUCACGCCAUCCUUAAGCACAAUGUCGGCAUCAAGUGUGCUACCAUCACGCCUGAUGAGCAGAGAGUUGAAGAAUUCAAACUGAAGAAAAUGUGGCUAAGUCCCAACGGUACGAUUCGCAACAUACUGGGUGGCACCGUGUUCCGAGAGCCGAUACUUUGCAAGAGCAUUCCUCGACUGGUACCCGGCUGGACUAAGCCGAUCGUAAUUGGUCGUCAUGCCCACGGAGACCAGUAUAAAGCUCAGGACUUCGUAGUUCCUAAACCUGGACGGAUGGAGUUAGUGUUCACUGCACAAGACGGAACUGUCGAGAAGCACACGUUGUACGACUUCAAGAGCAGUGGCGUUGUAAUGGGCAUGUACAACACUGAUGAGUCUAUUAGGGCAUUCGCACAUUCCAGUUUUCAGGUGGCGUUACAAAAGAAAUGGCCCCUUUAUCUGUCCACAAAGAAUACAAUUUUGAAACGCUACGACGGACGAUUCAAGGACAUUUUCGAAGAAAUUUAUGAAAGUGACUUAUUCUUUAGACGUCACUAAGGUGGGUUGAAAGGCCGCACAGUUUUCCAAGGUUUAGCUAAUAUAUGUAUAAUUUGACUUUUAUUCCUUUUGUAUACACCUUACCAGUGUCAUUCCCAUUGUAUUCUAUUUAAUAUUAAAUUGUGAUUUUCACAAACGUUAGCAAAAUCACAGUUGAAUCUUACUCGCUUAGAAUUGUAUUUAAGUGUAAUUUCAUGCUUCUGUAGUGUAAUCUACAUUUUCUUUUUGUAAUGUAAACUGUAUGUUUCACUUCAUACACUUGAUAUAAAAAUAUAUUUUUUAUUUUCCCCAGUGGUGAAUGCAGCAUCAGUUAAUUUUAAGAAACCCCUUUUGUGCCUUGUGAUUAAGGUUUGCUUUUAUAAAUGUUAAUAGAACUUGAAAAAAAAAUGGUAACAAGAAAACAAGUCUUGGGCACAAUAUGUUUCGCUUUGUGUUAUUGAAAUAUUGUAUACUUUACAAAAUUGUCAUGAAUAAAUUAUCUUGGUUUUAAAACGGUCGGAAAAAUUGCGAAGUCGCCAAGUGAUUGUACAAGACUGUAG